GCCUCUCGUGCGUUGUUUGAAGCAUGUCGGGUUCUUGUUCAGUUUGAGGCUCUGUAAAUUUACAUCUCGUCCCAGCUUUGCAGAUUUUCUAACACAAACGUCUCGUCUGCAACGGCUCAUCAAUCGCAACUAUUUCAAUUUCAUCGACGGCAAUUCAACUCUAGAAGAUGGCGUCUCGCCAACUUUCCAUGGAACGGCCGUCCAUGACUACCAUGGCAGAACGACGCACAACCCUCGCACAAAGGACAAGGUCAGGCCUCCAACAGAGAAAUUCUUCUUCUUUCCUUAGACCAGCACCGCCUGGACAUCAGCAUUCGAGGGUCACCUCUGAUUUUGCAAGUGUUGACUACAAUGAUGCACACCAAGUCGAUGCACAACUCGAUCCGAGGAAGAAGUUCGUCGUUGGCAUCGAUUAUGGAACGACUUUCACAUCUAUAUCUUAUUACGCCAUUGAAACCGAGGGAAGUGAAAAAUCGGCGAGGGCUGCAGACAUCAAGACCGUCAAAGAUUGGCCUGAUGCGCCAUAUGAAGCAGAUGAACAGGUACCCACCCAAACUUGGUACUCGCCAAUUCCCAUGAAAAGAGCUCCGCUCAAUGAAAACGAACAAUUCGAUGCCCCAAAAUCGAAGCCGAGCAGUACACAAAUUGUGGAAGAAGAGUAUGAGGAUGGCAAUGAGAAUGAGGCCGAAAAUAGAUAUACAGGAAAGGGCCUUUCAACUCCUGCCGUUGAAGAACAAGGAAGAAAUCAAUUGAAUUUUGCCGAGCGUCAGUCAGCAGACUUUUUCUGGGGCUACUCAGUCCAAUUGAAGCGAUACCAGGAGUGGAUUACCCGCGACUCGAAUCUCCUCGUUCAGCGACCGAAAUUAAUGCUCCUCGGCACAACUUAUACUGAGGGUGAUCGGAAAACCCUCCGCAGGCAGAUCACCCGCUUGAUCAAUCAAGGGAUCAUUCGUAAGUACGGAAAACGAGCAGACCCCGACGUUCGAGAUGUCCGGGAUGUCAUUACCGACUUCUUGAUCAAAGUAUUUGAACAUACCAAAAACUACCUGGCGAGAAAAGAUGGGUAUAUCAAAGGUUGUCCUGUCGAGUUUGUGGUCACUGUCCCUACUAUAUGGACUCAGGAGGCAUCCAGAAUACUUCAAUUCUGCGUGGAAGCUGCCAUUAAAGAAACAGAACUUGGGUGUUUGAAAAAUGGAAGCGUCGAUAACUUGUUUCUAAUUCCCGAACCGGAAGCCGGACUAACCUGGUUGCUGCAAAUUACUAAGGCAAUGGUGGCCGGCGAAACGAUUAUUAAUCUAGAUGCGGGUGGCGGAACAGUAGAUUGUGUUACGUAUGAGAUCGACACUUGCUGGCCGCUGAAACUUGGUCGCGAGGUGGUAAACCCAGGAGGAGAUAAUUGUGGGAGUAGCUACUUAAACGAGAGGCUCAAGGAGCAUUUACUUGUGCGGUUGCGAGAUGAGACAUACCUCGAAGACAACGGUCUAACACGGGAAGCCAUUGUCGACAAGCUUGCCGCGUUAGAUUUCGAACCUCGGAAGAAAAGAAUCAACAUCUAUGACCAACCCGAUGGUUGCUUCUGCAUAAUCGGCUUGAAAAGUGACAGGAGCAGGCGCUUGGCAGGAGAAUCAGAAAAGCGUUUCGGGAUGAAUACUGUGUUAUUAGACCAGGAUGACUUUGAUGACAUAUUUUCUCCUAUCUUGCAGCGUGUCUGGGAAGUUUUGGAAAACCAGCUCGACACCGCAAGGAGCAAAGGGAGAACGAUCAACAACGUCUUUCUCUUAGGCGGAUUUGCUGGCUCACCGUCUCUGAUCACGGCUCUCCGUAUGGCUCUCAAAGAAUAUGCUGCGAAAGAAAAUAUUACUCAAAUCAGACUCAUUGAAGACACGAAUAAAAAGAAUGCAGCAGUCUCGUCCGGAGCAGUACUUCGGGCAUUGAACAAGAAGAAUGGACCUCGGCGGUUCGCACAAUCAAGUUAUGGUUUUCUGCGCCGAGAGCCUUUCCAGCCUUUUCUUUUCAAAGCACAUUCGCAAACAACACCCAAGAUCGACAAAGUCGACGGCGAGCGUUACGUGGACGUUAUUAAUUAUUUUAUGAGAAAGAGCACUUUGAUAUCUUCAGUACAUGAAUUCCCACCUAUUAGCGCGAUCCAUACAUUCGAAGUCGAUGAAAAUGGGCCCCUUCUAGAAAUGAAGUGCGAAGAAUUGCUCUACGUGUCAGAUACAGCCACAGAGUCUCAUUACACAUUGACAAAUCGCAAGAACAAAGAUGCUCAAGGUGCCGGUAGAAUCGUUACAGAUGUCACAGUCCUCCGCGACAAAGGUCACCUCGAAAUCAUCUAUCCCAAAGCCGGUCGUGAUGGGGUAGUACACACGAAACCUCACUACAGAGUUGUAUACGACCUUGUGGUUAUUGUCGAGGGCCGAAAUCUGAGAUACGAAGCACGAUGGCCUGCUCUCGAUGAUGAUGCAGCGAUAAAGAAGAGGAAAAGGGCUGGCAAGCCAAAGUAUCUGGUCUUGGAAACCGCACAAGUCAGCAUAGCAUCUGCCUUUCUGCCAGGCACAGGAUAGCGGAAGGAAUUUUAUUGUGAUUGUCAUUAUGCAAAAGAAAUUCAAUGAAGUUAGUGUUGCAAGGCACGCGACAACGAUCUCCAUAGUGUGGACACUGUAGAUCGUGGUUGAACUGCAAUGCCCAUACCGUCACGAAUCUUCUCACUUGCGAAAGUCCGAG